AUGUUGGAGUCCAAUAACUUGGUGACGUUUGAGGGCCAGGUGAAUAGCUCUGCCUACCACACGUUCCUAUUGGACGAGGAGAAGGGUCGUCUGGUGGUGGGAGCCAAGGACCACAUCUUCUCCUUCAACCUAGUCAACAUCAGCAGAGAUAUGGCACAGAUCCCGUGGCCUGCCUCCACCUCCAGAAGAGACGAGUGUAAAUGGGCAGGAAAGGACCUAAUGAGUGAAUGCUCUAAUUUCAUCAAGGUGUUACAGCCAUUUAACCAGACCCAUCUGUAUGUAUGUGGAACCGGAGCCUUCCACCCUGUCUGUGCCUACCUGGAGGUGGGGAAGAAACUAGAGGACAGUGUGUUCAGGCUGGAGCCCCAGAUAGAGAACGGUCGAGGGAAGAGCCCUUAUGACCCCAAGCUGCUCACAGCGUCCAUGCUCAUUGAUGGCGAACUCUAUUCUGGGACGUCAGCUGACUUCAUGGGGAGAGACUUUGCCAUUUUCCGUACGCUGGGACAGCAUCACCCAAUCAGAACAGAGCAACACGACUCUCGCUGGCUGAACGACCCCAGGUUUGUGAGUGUCCACAUGAUCCCAGAGAGUGACAACCAAGAGGAUGACAAGAUCUACCUGUUCUUCAGAGAGAAUGCUAUGGAUGGGGAACAUGCAGGGAAGGCUACUCAAGCACGCAUCGGACAGCUCUGCAAGAAUGACUUUGGAGGCCACAGGAGUCUAGUGAAUAAGUGGACCACGUUCCUGAAGGCCAGACUGGUCUGUUCUGUACCUGGACUCAACGGCAUAGACACUCACUUUGACGAACUACAGGAUGUGUUUCUGAUUAGCUCUAAGGAUCCCAAGAACCCCAUUAUCUAUGCAGUGUUCACUACAUCCAGUAACAUCUUCAAGGGUUCAGCAGUGUGUCUGUACAGCAUGGCAGACAUCAGAAGGGUGUUUCUAGGUCCCUAUGCCCACAGAGACGGCCCUAACUACCAGUGGGUUCCCUUCCAGGGACGGGUACCAUACCCACGGCCCGGAACGUGCCCCAGCAAGACGUUCGGUGGAUUUGAUUCGACAAAGGACUUGCCCGAUGAUGUCAUAACAUUUGCCAGAGGUCACCCGGCGAUGUUUAACCCCGUCUACCCCAUCAACAACCGACCAAUCAUAGUCAAGACGGACACAGACUACCAGUUCACACAGAUAGUGGUGGACAGAGUGGAGGCUGAGGACGGACAGUACGACGUCAUGUUCAUAGGCACAGAUAUAGGGACAGUGCUGAAGGUGGUGUCCAUCCCCAGAGGGUCCUGGCAUGACCUGGAGGAGAUUCUACUGGAGGAGAUGACUGUGUUCAGGGAACAAGCUGCUAUUACAGUGAUGAAACUCUCUACAAAGCAGCAACAGUUGUACCUCGGCUCAGAGCUGGGUGUAUCCCAGAUGCCUUUGCAUCGCUGUGAGGUGUACGGGAAGGCCUGUGCUGAGUGCUGUCUGGCUAGAGACCCUUACUGUGCCUGGGACGGGACCGAGUGCUCACGAUACUUUCCCAUGGCCAAGAGGAGGACAAGGAGACAGGACAUCAGGAACGGAGACCCUUUAACCCAGUGUUCAGAUCUGCAGCAUCAAGAUAACCUGAAUGGGCAGCCCACGGUGCUGGAUAAGACGGUGUAUGGAGUGGAGAACAGCAGUACGUUCCUAGAGUGUAGCGCCAAGUCCCAGAGAGCACUCACCUACUGGCAGUACCAACAAGCCAAUGACGAGCGAAGACAAGACAUCAAAUCAGAGGAUCGUUUUGUACGUACGGAGCAGGGCUUGCUGAUCCGCACAUUGGACAAGAAGGAUUCUGGGAUGUAUGUGUGCCAGGCAGUAGAACACGGCUUCAUGCAGACGCUCCUAAAGGUCACCCUGGAGGUCAUCGACACUGAACGCCUCGACGAUCUCAUUCAUCGUGAUGACGAAGACACCGCACACACCGCUACCACACACACCACCGCCCGGGACAUGUCCACAGCCCGGGAAUCGCCCAAUCAGAAGCUUUGGUACCGUGACUUCCUGUCGUUAGUGAACCACCCGACCCUGAAUAGCGUGGAUGAGUUCUGUGAGCAGGUGUGGAAGAGGGAGAGGAAGCAGAGGAGGCAGAAACAGGGCCUCGUGCACGCUCACACCCACGUGCACGCCCACGGCCUGGCGGCCAAAUGGAAACACCUGCAGGAGAGGCAGAAGGGCCGCAACCGCCGGACCCACGAACUGGAGAGAGCCCCCCGCAGCGUCUGA